AUGUCGAGCUUUCAGCUUCUAACCGUCCUUCCAAAACCUUCCUAUGAACAUGUCUUUAACAAAGAACGCAAUGAAUUUGUGACUACAACAGCUACAAAUCAAGUAGAGGUAUAUAAACAACAUGGCCUCGAUUGGAUUCUCAACAAAGCGUUCAGCGAUCACGAAAAGAUUGUCACAUGUGUUGACUGGUCUCCUGUUACCAACCGUAUCGUAACAUGCUCGCAAGACCGCAAUGCGUAUGUGUAUGAGAAACGUUCUGAUGGAAGCUGGAAACAGACUUUAGUCCUACUUCGAUUGACACGUGCCGCUACGUUUGUCCGCUGGUCUCCCAAGGGUGACAAAUUUGCCGUGGGCAGCGGUGCCCGGGUCGUUUCAGUGUGCUAUUUUGAAGAAGAAAAUGACUGGUGGGUCAGUAAGCAUUUAAAGCGCCCAUUGAGAAGCACCAUCUUGUCUUUGGAUUGGCACCCCAACAACGUUCUGCUUGCUGCUGGUUGUGCCGAUCGAAAGACGUAUGUAUUGUCCGCCUACAUUCGUGAUGUCGAUGAAAAGCCUGAAGCUAGUGUCUGGGGAUCUCGUCUUCCCUUCAACACCGUUUGUGCCGAAUAUCCUGCUAAUGGCUGGAUCCAUUCUGUCCAGUUCUCUCCAUCAGGAAAUGCUUUGGCAUACACCAGUCACGAUUCUUCCCUUAGUAUCGUAUACCCAAGUGCUCCAGAGCAACCUCCUCGCGCUUUUGUUACUCUCAAAUUGCCCCAGCUUCCCCUUCAUUCUCUUUUAUGGGUGAACGAAACCACCAUUGUCGCUGCUGGCUAUAAUUAUGCACCUCUGCUUUUCCAAGGAAACGAAUCUGGUUGGUCUUUUAUUGGUGACUUGGACCCUGGUGCUUCCAAAACCGCAGCUGCUCAAACCGGAAAGGAUGCCGAAAAAGAUGAAGAAGAAUCUGGACCCGUUUCUUUCUCUGCCUUGCGUUCUACCUUCCGAAACAUGGAUUUAAAGGGUUCUAGCGAGUCUGUUUCUUCUUUGCCUACCGUACACCAAAACAUGGUUUCUUCUCUUCGCCCAUAUUCCGGUGCUCCAGGAAGCAUGAAGUCCUUCACCUCUAGCGGCACAGAUGGUUGCAUCGUUUUGUGGAACGUUUAA